CAGUUCUCCCGUAUGGACGAAGUCAAAGCUAAGUCGAGUUUAUGCUUUUCUCCAGGUAAGCUACAACACUAGUCGUGCCGUUAGUGUUGUUGCCGAGAGAAUGGUAUUAUGUGCUGCUACGUGCUUAUUAAAUCAUCAGCACUACCAUCUUAUUACCAACAAUAAUUAAUAACUGUGUUAAUAUUUAUUAAUUUUAAAUUAAUAAAUACCUAUAUAUGUGUUAUUAGUAAAGUGUUUUGUCGCGUUUAUUGGAAUAAUUUAGUGUCUUACGGAUGCUCAAGAUAUCAUUUGGUGAUCAUUAUUUUAUAGUAAAAUCACCAGGUCUUAAUAAAGAUCUAGGUACCAGGAGUAUAAAUACUAAUUAUAAAAUAGUUUAAAUUAUUUAAACAAGAGUUUUUAAAAAAUGCCUUGCUCUGCGGUUACAUUAUCUCUGGCGACCAUAACCGGCAUCAUCGCCACGGCACUUCUUGCAAUUGCUUUUUCCACGGAUAACUGGCUUUACACAGAGGUCAAACGCGCCCAAAUACAGCAAUAUGCGUCAAAAAACGCUGAACAAAGUCACGUAAUAGAACAGAUGAACUCAAAGUAUUAUUAUUACACAAGGACCCAGGGACUUUUUAGGAUAUGUUAUCCAAAAGAACGUCCACCAACUGUGGAAACUUAUCUCAGUCCAGUGGAAACUCAUUGUAUGAAUGUUGACUAUUUCAUCCCAGAUGGAGAAAAUGAAACAAGAGGAUUUUCAGAAGAUGCCAUGACCCGACUUCAUAUGGGAAGAUCAAUCAUCGCUCUUUUUAUUCUCGCAUUCUUGGCCAUUUUCGUAGCAUUUUGGACGGGAGUAGUCGGAUGUUGGAGAAGAUCACACGGAAAUGUCACAGCCACCGCAAUACUUAUGCUGAUUGCCUGCCUACUAAGUGCCGGUGGAAUGGGACUUUGGCACGGUGUCGAGUACUACGAGAAAGAAAAAAUCGUAGGCGAUGAAUACUACCAACAAUGGAGCAAUGUGUUGAAGAAUAAUGUUGCCCAGUGGUAUGACUGGUCAUUUUAUUUAGCCUGGCUUGGAGUCGCAACGUGUCUUGCGACAAUGACUCUUUUCUUGAUAGCAGCAUCAUGUUUAAAGAAAGAACGAGCGCGCGAACAGGCUGCUAACAUACAAUAUAUUAUGCCAGUGUAUCCACAGAAGCAGCAAUACGCUUAUGCCGGAUAUCCUGCACCAGCGGCUUAUCCAGGUCCUUACUACCAUGGCUCUCAAUAUGGACCUUAUAAUUAUUAAAAAAAAGACUGUAUGAUAAGCUGGGAAUUUAUAAAUCGACACACAACAAAAAAUAAAAACAAAUAAA